GUUGCCACUUAACAUAGUGUUCCUUUUGUCUUUUUUAUUUGACAGUCGGACACAAUUUUCUUGCUGGCAAUAAUUUGAUUUCUUUCACAAAGUUGUUAACCAUGGCGCGAGCACCACCUGCCCCUACUAAAGAAAAAAAGGAGAAGAAGGCUCCCAAAGACAAGUCCAAAAAUGUUAUGAGGAAUCUUCACAUCAGGAAACUUUGUCUGAACAUCUGUGUUGGAGAGUCCGGAGACAGACUUACUCGUGCUGCUAAGGUGUUGGAACAACUUACUGGCCAGCAACCAGUGUUCUCUAAAGCUCGUUACACUGUGCGAUCCUUUGGUAUUCGUCGUAAUGAGAAGAUUGCUGUCCACUGUACAGUCCGUGGUGCAAAGGCUGAAGAAAUCCUUGAGAGAGGACUUAAGGUCAGAGAAUAUGAGUUGAGACGUGACAAUUUCUCAGCCACUGGAAACUUUGGGUUUGGUAUUCAAGAACACAUUGACUUGGGUAUCAAAUAUGACCCCUCUAUUGGUAUCUAUGGUUUGGAUUUCUAUGUUGUCCUAGGAAGACCAGGUUUCAAUGUAGCUCACCGAAGACGCAAGACUGGCAAAGUUGGGUUUGCCCACCGCCUGACAAAGGAGGAUGCUAUGAAGUGGUUCCAACAGAAAUACGAUGGUAUCAUCCUUAACAGCAAAAAGUAAAUAAAUUAAGUAAAACAAAUUUAAAAAUC